CAAUGGAUUCUAAACUGAAGCUGAGUCAGCGUUGUGCAGCUUCAGAAAAGGCGCAUGUAGUUUUAGCGUUCAUUUGUUUAGAUGUCAAAUCAAGCCAUCUGACUCUGUUUUGUUGACCUUCCUGGAUUUUGUUUGGCCAGCUACUGCCUGCAUUUAAAAUGGAUAUUAAAAAGAUUGGAAUGGGGUCAGAGGUAGCAGUGACGCUGGGCAGAGACAUAGAAAACAAGCCCUACUUUAUUAUUUAUUAACCAAUUUAUAUAAACUGCCCAUCAAACAAAUUCUGGAUGGUGUAGAAAGAGCUAAAAACAUUGGAAUGUUGACAGCCUGGAGCAGAAACAGAUUAGAGGUCAUGUAAUGUUUACACAGCACACCGAACCAGAAACUACCCAACCAUGUUUUUAACCUUGCAUGGUUCUGUAAACUUGGCCCAGUGGUUAGUUUAGACUAAGUUGAGGACAAAAAAAGUCUAUCUAGGAUGCCAGAACUGCCAUCCUUUGUUUUUUGGGCCUGCGGAGGGAUGGUAUUGCGCUUAUACUUCAAGGUUUGACCUUUAAAAUUCAGAUUGUUUUAAUUCUGAUCUUCAAAAGGGACCUGUGUCUUUUGCAACCUGCAAUCUUAUCUGGUUGCCGAGCAUUUGAUAACCUCAAACAGUUGACAAAAGUAGAGUUUUCUGCUUUGUUUAUUUUCCUGAGGCUCCUCGAUUUGCCCACUUUCUGUGUGGUAUUAAAUUUCAGGUUUUGGAAGUACAGGUUAGUCCUCGACUUCCAACUAUUCGUUUAGCGACCAUUUGAAAUUACAGCAGCACUGAGAAAGUGACUUGCAACCAGUCCUCGUACUUGCGACUGUUCCCACAAUCACUUGAUCAAAAGUCAGGCACUUGGCAGCUAGCAUGCAUUUAUGACUGUUGCAGUGUCUUUUUUGGGGGGGUGAGACGGUAUCACCAUUUGCAACUUCCCAGCUGGCUUCUGACAAGCAAAGUCAGUGGGGGAAGAUGAAUAACUGCAUGAUUAACAACUCAAGUGAUCCGCUUAACAACUGUGGCAAAAAAGGUUGCAAAAUUGGGCGCGACUCACUUAACAAUGGAAAUUGUUUAACUUAGCAAAUUUGAAAUUGUGGUCCCAAUUGUGGUCAUAAGUCAAGGACUACCUGCAGCCUAAAAAGGUGAAUUCUAGAGCGCAUUUGACGCAUGGAGGGCUGUUGUUCCAGAUGCCUGUGGCCUCCAAGGUGGAACGGCCUCCUCGUAUUGGAGACUUCUCGACCAGAGGGAUAUGCAAGAGAACUACGAGACUCUGAUCUCUCUGGCAGAAGACAUGGCAAUCACCCUGCCCCGAAUCACUGCACUAGCUGAGCCCCACCGGAGAGGGUUGGCAUCAGGAUUUCCACUUUCUAAAUCUGAUCUGCUCUCCUGGAUGGAGCGAGAAGAUUCAUGGAUUCCAGAACUUCAGGGAUGUGACGAAAGGACAAUGCCAUCUCAAAUAAAUCCAGGGGAAGAAUUGAGAGAAAGGCAUGAACCUGUUCCUCCGGAAGUAAUUCCUAGCAAAACAAAUCUGCAAAAGGUGAAUGUCCUAGAGAGGAAUCCAAUGGAAGCUGAGAAACAACCACUAGGGACUGGGCCGAGGGGUUCCCUAACCAAAGGAAAGGAGCAGCAAGACAAACCCCUCCCACAGACCAUGGUUGCUUCCAAUCCCCAGAUGUCCCUUAGAAAACCACCAGCGCAUAGCAAGAACCACCAAUGUGCAGAGUGUGGCAAAAGCUUCAGCCAGAAAUCCAACCUUCUCCGGCAUCAGAGGCUGCACCUAGACAAAAGAUUCCACAAGUGUGACCAGUGUGAUAAAAGCUUCUCUGAGGCCGAGGCCCUGGUCACACACCAGAAAGGCCACGCAAGCAAUAAACCGUACAAGUGUGAGGAAUGUGGGAAAAGCUUCAACUGGACCUCACACCUGGAACGGCACCAGCGGAUCCAUACCGGAGAGAAACCGUUCCAAUGCAAGGAGUGCGGGAAGGCCUUCAGUGUUGGAUCACACCUGGAAAGGCAUCGGCGUAUCCACACCGGGGAGAAGCCUUAUCAGUGCAAAGAGUGUGGGAAGAGCUUCAGUGUUAGCUCCACCCUGGUCCAGCACCAGAGGACUCACGCCAACGACAAGCCCUACCAGUGUGAGGACUGUGGGAAGGGCUUCACGCUCGGGGCCAACUUGGCGGCUCACCAGAGGAAACAUCUGGGCCAGAAGCCCUAUGAGUGCCCCGAUUGUGGGAAAAGUUUCAGCUUCACCUCUCACCUAGAGAGACACCAGCGGAUUCACACGGGAGAGAGGCCCUACCAGUGUCCCGACUGUGGGAAGCGUUUCAGCCGCAGCUCCCACCUUUACAGGCACCAAAGAAUCCACACGGGGGAGAAGCCACAUCAGUGUACAGAUUGUGGCAAAAGCUACUACCUCAGUGCGGCCACCCUCCAUCACCUUCAGACAUCUCCAACCCGAAGCAGGGACCCCACCAAAUGCACCGAAUGUAACCGCAAGCGGGUGGCCCCUCAGCCUCCCCCACCUCCUCCCUCCCUGCCAAAGUCUAUCGGGAAACCCUUUAAAUGCUCUGACUGUGGGAAAGGGUUUGGCCAGAGUUCGUCCCUGGUGAAACACCAGCGGAUCCACACCGGAGAGAGGCCCUAUCAGUGUCCUGAGUGUGGGAAGAACUUCAGCUGGUGUUCGGCCCUGAUCAAACACAAGCGGACCCACACAGGGGAAAAGCCCUUUCGGUGUGGGGACUGUGGGAAAGCGUUCAGCGUCAGCUCCCAUUUGGAAAGGCACCAGCGCGUGCACGCUCCCGACCGGCCCCACAAGUGUGCCGAGUGUGGGAAAACCUACGGGGAACUGGCCUCACUAGUCAAGCAUCAGAAAUCCCACGUGCCUGGGAGCAAGCAUUAUCGGUGCUCUGACUGCGGGAAAAGUUUCAGCUGGAGCUCCCACCUGGAAAGACACCAGAGAAUCCAUACGGGGGAAAAGCCCUACCAGUGCGGUGACUGUGGGAAGUGCUUCAGUGUCAGUUCCCACCUGGACCGCCACCGGAGAAUCCACACGGGAGAGAAGCCCUACCACUGCGGUGAAUGUGGGAAGAGCUUCAGCGUCAGCUCUACACUCUUGCAGCACCAACGAACACACUCGAGUGGAAAGCCUCACAAGUGCAAGGAGUGUGGGAAGCGAUUCGUGGCCGGGGCACAGCUGCUCACGCACCAGCGGGCCCACCGCGGCGAGAAACCCUACGACUGCACCGUCUGCGGGAAGAGCUUUGGCUUCGUCUCCCAUCUGGAGCGGCACCUGAGGGUGCACACAGGCGAGAAGCCUUACCCGUGCGCUGAGUGUGGGAAGUGUUUCAGCCGCAGCUCGCACCGGAACCGCCAUCAGCAUACUCAUGUGGAAGAGGGGCUUCCGAAAGAACAACCUGAAGUCCAGAAGGGCAGCUCUGUUUUGACUGAGACUAAGCACGCCAAAGAAGUGCUUCCUAUUGUUCCUGACCCUCCUCUUUCUCUCAUGCCCUCCUGGUGGAGUGAGGUGGAGAGGAACAGCAUCCCCCCAGCUGCUUCCACCUGGCCCGAGGCCCCACUGCCUUUCCAGGGCUUCAUCCCCAAUGCUGUCUCAGCUGGAGGGCUGCGGAGCUGGGGUGGGAAAGGAUUCUUACCUUCAGAUCCAUGGAGGUUAGGAGAAAACAGCUGUAGAUGGGCAUCCCCCUACCUUCAAGAGGGAUGGCCACCCCCUCCCCCAACAUCCUAGCUGCUCAAAGCAAUUUUGUGGGGUGGAUGGGUUAGACGAAGCAAUUAUCUUCUCUCCUCACUCAACAAAUUGGGCAGAGUGCUAAUUUUGUCCAAUUGGAGCCAUGAAGAGCUGGUUUGCAAUGGACUGGAAUGGAAUAUAGUUGCUGUCCUAAAAGAGAAGGAAGCCACCUUUGUGUUCUUCUGAGGGAGGUUUACACAGGCCUGGAGCUUUUGAUAUGAGGCAUACUCAGGGUUGCAAUAAUGCCUGGAUCGUAUGCAUUCUGAAGUGGUAGAAUACUGUUGUUAAGAGUCCUUGGUGAUCUCUGAGCUUAGUCCUUGCUUAUGGACCUUUCAUAACCCAACCAGGUAACGUCAUCAGUGAUAGUUGGAUAAUGAAAGGUCUGCAAACACCUGUGAUGUUACCUUUUUUUUUUUAACUUAGUUGGGUAAUGAAAGGUCUGUAAGCAAACACCCAAGCUCAGAGAACACCAAGAAGUGUUCAACCCAGAGCUACAGAUAUUCUCUUCUAUUGAGAGAAUACUAGUGGUUUUAUCGAUGAUUUGAACUUGCUUAUUACCAUAAGUUGGUGGGGAAAAGUUCAAGGCAGCAGCCAGCUGAGCAAAAGCUAUAUGCUUCUUCUUUACCCAACGAUUAUGAUUAAUUGGAAGUGUCAGGGUUCCAAGUAACACCCCAAUGAAAGAAGACUCCGAGGCUAGAAGUUCCUCAAAGUUCCACUUUAUUAGAGAUGUCAUAUUGGCACAUCUGGGAAAACCCGAAUCUGAAAGCUCCUGGGUUUUCCCCACCAAAAGGAAAGUCAAAGCCCCUUUCCCUGCACUCAUAUGUCCAUCACAUGGUCCAAUCAAUCCACCGUCCCAACUGGAGAUGCCUCCUACUCACGCCACUCCAGGUGCAGGCUGAACGUCCUUGACUCCUAGAGAAAAGAAUGUUGUUAUGGUUAUAUAACUCUACCACUCCAUGCAAUCCCCCCUCCCGUUUUCCCACAGCACUAAGGGUGGCAGCCCUGAAGAUCCAAAGAAAAAGAUGGCCUCCAGGACUGACAUACCAGGCAUAGGAUGGUGGUGUACGUGAGGGUCCAUUUAUUUACAGGUAGGGUGUCCCAGCUACCUUCUUAAGGCAUCCAAAGUUUACUUGGUGUUGCACCACAAUCUGAAGAAGCUGCAGAAAACACACUUGAAGCAUUUAGCCUGCCUGAAGUUGGAGAGCCUUGAGAGUCAGUAUCCCCUUUCUGGUAGCAUCUUACUACAAGGCAAGGAAGGAAAUCUGAAACCAGAUUCCUCUUCUUCGUGGCAUCAUUUGUGCUGCAUGUAGAUUGUCCCAAAGUUGAUCUCUAGGUGGGAAGAGACUUCUGCUUGAAAUCCCAAUGAGCCGCUGAGAAUCGUCUCAAGCCAGCUAUACCGACAAGUCCCUAUCAAUCCUGACUGAUGACUCUGCUGGCUGAGACUCAUGGAGGUUUGCUCUAAGACAAAGGUGCCAAACUUAGACAAGAUAUUUAUUGUAGAUCAGUAAUGGGAGCCUGUAGUGAUGUUUCAAAUCCCAUAAACUAUUGCUAUCAUCAAGAAGGACGGAAAAUGGUGCCGUCAGCCUUGCAAAGUAGUCCAAGCAGAAAGCAUGUCUGAAUGAACUCCUUCUGCUUUAUUGUACAGUUACAUUAACGGAAACUUACAAGUCUGAAAAUAUUUUUUUUUCCUGCAUUUACCUGUCAAGAAAUUAGGAAGGGUCCCUUCUGAGAUAUUUGCCAUUCCAACAUUCCUUUUGUAGGCUAAACUACCUGAGGUUGCACUACUCCAGACAGACCGGGUCUGUAAUUUGGGGGUCCUUAUGGACUCGUAGCACCUGCUCAAAACACAAGUGACAGUCGUGGCUAAGAGGGUCAUUGCACACUUACAGAUGGUGCACCAUUGUGCCCAUACCUAAACCAAGAGGCCCUGCUCACAGUAACUCAAAUCCUUGUAAUUUCUCAUUUAGACCACUGUAACACACUCCAUAUGGGGCUGCCCCUGAAGAUCACUCAGAAACUUCAACUGGUACAGAAUGUGGCUGCAUGGGUAGUAAAUGGUGCCAGAUACAUGGCAUGCAUAAUACCAUUUUUGCCUGAGCUACAUCGAUUGCCAGUGUUUCUUGGUUCAAGGUGCUAGUGAUUAGCUUUAAAGGCCUACAUUGCUUGGUACUGGGGUACCUGAGGUAUCACCUUUUUCCAAGAGUCUCUACCUGUUGAGCAGAAUGGGCAUACUGCAGAUCCUGUCAGCCAAAGAGUGUCGGCUGAUGGAGACUAGAAGAUGGGCUUUUUCUACAGUGGCCCGUUCUAUGGAACAUCUUCCCUUCAGAGAUUAAAAUGGCGCCAACCCUGUUAGUCUUUCAUAAAUCCUAAAAUCCUGACAAUGUUCCUGAGCCUGGGGGCGCCAAAUGUGUUAAGGGCCCCACCUCCUGGCUAUAUUGCUAACUGGCCAAGUAUCUCGGCUGCUAUAUAUAUUUAUGUUGGAUGUUUCUCUUGUUUUCUUUUCUUUUUUUUUUAUGUUUUUAGUAUUUUAAUUGUAAUAUAUUUUUUGAAUUGUAAACCAUCCAGAAUCAUUGACUGAGAUGAGUGGCUAUAGAAAUGGAAUGGAUGGAUGAAUUUUAUUGAGAGGAGAGCAGUGGAAUAAAACAAAAACUUGCUACAAAUAACAAUUUAUAAAUGUUCCUAAUUUCCAACACAAUAAUAUUUUCGGGGACUCAUAAGUCAAUUUAAAAGUAAUGAAUUUUGCAUGGGAGCGUAAAGAAAUUUCAGCUGCCAUCCUAUUGAUGCUUCUUUGGCAUUAAAGUCUAUGGAACUCACUUGCAUUUAUUUCAGAGUAAAUAUGUUUUGUUUUAAACAUAAAGCACUCAUUUGGAGAAAACUGGUAGCACCAGAUAAAGUAGAAAGUUGGAAUUUAUUUUUGCACCCAAGUGAUUUAAGUUCAAAUCCCACUUCAGCAGCAGAAUCACCAGAUGAUUGGUGUUUGUUAACUCUCUUAGCCUCAGUUCCCCAUCUGUAAAAUGGAAAUUAGAGUUUCUUAUUCUGAAGAUUUACCAUUUAAAAAAUAUUUUCUUUUGCCUAAUCCAAAGUCUGACACUACAUUUCCCCAAUCUAUUAUUUGAAUUAAAACAAAAUACAAUUGUAUUCAAAUAACAGGGAUUCCCCAACAAAUAUUAUAAUGGCCUGAUAUAUAUCAUGCUAAGGCAGGGGGUGGCAACCUCUUGCAACACCUUGAACCAUUUAUCCAAUUCCAUAUUAGUCUGGUGUGUUGUGUGAACCCUGCCAAUCAAUACUAUCCACUUAGUUGGAAUAUUCUUUGGUUUAUCCAUCAGUUCCUAAUGGUCAUCUUAUUCCCCACCUUCUAACAUGAUGCUGAAACAAUAAUGACAAACAUCUGUGAACUGCAGAAUUCACUGCAAGAGAAUUAUUUGACAAAUCUGGAACUUCAAAAUUCACAUCAGAUAAGAUAGAUAAGAUAUAUGCAUGCCUGCAUCACAAAAUAAUAAUUUCACCAUCUGGAAUUCAAUUAAAAGACUUGUGUAAAAACAACUUAAUCAUACUCUAAUAUUAACUAUUGUUGAAGUCUGUGGACCACAAUAAAGAAUGAAACCACAAUUG